AUGGUCUUCGAAAGCGUGGUAGUAGAUGUCCUAAACAGGUUUUUAGGGGAUUACGUUGUAAACCUUGACAGCUCACAACUCAAGCUCGGGAUUUGGGGAGGUAACGAUUCUGUGUUACGGUUAGCUUGCUUGCUAACCACCCUUUGCUAGUUAGCUUAACGUCAAUUCAGAAUCCUGCAGCUGUCAUGAUUGUCGUCUCGGAUGAUAGCGUAAGACAAGGCUGCUGUGCUUGUUUGCUGGGGGCAAGUUUACUAGCUAGCUAGCUACUACAGUACUUGCUUGUUUGUUAGCAAGGGUGUGUAGCCAACUGGCUAGCUAGCUACAGGAUAUUACAGUUUUUUCUAGCUAGCUAUUAAAUCGGCUAGCUAGCUAAAUUGGCUAACGUUAGCUUGAAUUUACCAGCUAAUCUAGUUAGAUAGCUACACUAUAUAUACAGAAGUAUGUGGACACCCCUUCAAAUUAGUGGAUUCGGCUAUUUCAGCCACACUCGUUGCUGACAGGUGUAUAAAAUGAAGCACACAGCCAUAGACAAACAUUGGCAUUAGAAUGGCUUUACUGAAGAGCUCAGUGACAUUCAACGUGGCACCUUUAUAGGAUGUUACAGUUCGUCAAAUUUCUGCCCUGCUAGAGCUGCCCCGGUCAACUGUAAGUGCUUUUAUUGUGAAGUGGAAACGUCUAGGAGCAACAAUGGCUCAGCCAUAAAGUGGUAGGCCACACAAGCUCACAGAACGAGACCGCUGAAGCGAGUAAAAAUCGUCUGUCCUCGGUUGCAACACUCAUUGCAGAGUUCCAAACUGCCUCUGGAAGCAAAUUCAGCACAAUAACUGUUUGUCUGGAGCUUCAUGAAAUGGGUUUCCAUGGCGGAGCAGCCGCACACAAGCUUAAGAUCACCAUGCUUAAUGCCAAGCGUCAGCUGGAGUGGUGUAAAGCUCGCCACCAUUGGACUCUGGAGCAGUGGAAACGCAUUCUCUGGAGUGAUGAAUCACGCUUCACGAUCUGGCAGUCCGACGGGUGAAUCUGGGUUUGGCGGAUGCCAGGAGAACACUACCUGCCCGACUGCAUAGUGCCAACUGUAAAGUUUGGUGGAGGAGGAAUAGUGGGCUGUUUUUCUGUGGUUCAGGCUAGGUCCCUUAGUACCAGUGGCGGUAGAUCUUAACGCUACAGCAUACAAUUACAUUCUAUACGAUUCUGUGCUUCCAACUUUGUGGCAAUAGUUUAGGGAAGGCCCUUUCCUGUUUCAGCAUGACAAUGCCCCCGUGCACAAAGUGAGGUCCAUACAGAAAUGGUUUGUCGAGAUUGGUGUGGAAGAACAUGACUGACCUGCACAGAGCCCUGACCUCAACCCCAUCGAACACCUUUGGGAUGAAUUGGAAUGCCGACUGCGAGCCAGGCCUAAUCGCGCAACAUCAGUGCCCGACCUCACUAAUUCUCUUGUGGCGGAAUGGAAACAAGUCUCCGCAGCAAUGUUCCAACAUCCAGCCUUCCCUGAGGAGUGGAGGCUGAAAUUGCAGCAAAGGGGGGACCAACUCCAUAUUAAUGGCCAUAAUUUUGGAAUGAGAUGUUUGACCAGCAGGUGUCCACAUACUUUUGGUCAUGUAGUGUAUCUUUCCAGGUUUGCUUUCAAGCCCAACCUAAAAAAUAAAAUGUCCAAAAGUCCCAGUGGUCACUCCCGUUUAGAGCUAAAUUAGGCUAACGGUACAUUAGCUCAGUGGUUCCCAAACUGUGAGCUGGGCGCGAGGUGUGUGUGUGUGUGUGUGUGUGUGUGUGUGUGUGUGUGUGUGUGUGUGUGUGUGUGUGUGUGUGUGUGUGUGUGUGUGUGUGUUUAUAUACAUAUUUAUUUUACAGGAACUCAGUCCGGCUUUAAACGUACUCUUGAAAGUUGUAAUAGUAGAAUGAAUCAUCCGUUCCUCUUGUCAUGUUAGUCAUUGCAUACCUUAGAGCGCUAUUUAUAACUUUAUAACAGAUCAUCUAGCCCAUGUCAGCUACAUUUUUUUUAUUUAGGUUUUUUAGCCCAUAGAUAUUGUUGUAAUUUGUCACUCAAAUAUCACAUUAGACAUGGCAAAAUGUAUAGAAUUGCAAGAAAAUUAGCUUUAAAACUGCUUAAUGUUCUUUGCAACCAUGACCUACAUGGUCCCGUGUAGCUCAGUUGGUAGAGCAUGGCGCUUGCAACACCAGGGUUGUGGGUUCGUUUCUCACGGGGGGCCAGUAUGAAUGUAUGCACUCACUAACUGUAAGUCGCUCUGGAUAAGAGCGUCUGCUAAAUGACUAAAAUGUUAAUGACAAAAUGUGUGGAAUUUCAGGAAAUAAGCUUUAAACCUGCAAAAUUCUCUCCACCAACAAGAGGGGUGUGAACAGGCUUGUGAACAUGAACAGUGCUUGUGCCCAUAAAAAUAGACGUGUUGCGCGCGGGAUGUUAGCCAAUGCUGGAAUGGGGGCCCUGAGUGAAAAGGUUUGGGAACCCCUGCAUUAGCUAAUGUCAAGUGCUUAGACGACACACUGGCCUAGCUACUUUAUUGACCUACUAGCUAGUACUACUAGCUGUAUGACAUAUAUAUUCACACGUACACUAUGGCUUAAAUUGAAGAUUAUUCAGUGCCUUCUUGCUGAUUACAUGUCAAUCUCUCAUAGCAUAGGCUAUACCAGUGGUCACCAACCGUUUCUGAGUCAAGAUCACUUUCACAGUCAAAGCAAGCCGAGAUCUCAGCGCAGGGAGGGAGAGAGCAGCAGAGGGUCUGCCUCUCACGGUCCCUGCUCUCUCCUUCCUUUCCUCCGGUGAGACUGACCAGAGAGAGGGGACACAGUAUUCCACCUGAUGGCGAAACUCGAGUCGCUCCGCAUCUGCCUCAUGCACAAUUUAAUGUUGUUCCUAUUACCAGAGAAAGUGAAAUAUUCCUCAAUAUUAAAAUAGACACAAUGAGCUGCUAAUAAUAAUAAAUACGCAGGGCUAUCAAUACACUUGGCUACUCAUUCAUUUCAGCUGCAGCGCGAGUGGAAGUUGGGAGAAGCGCGUUUUAUGUUUUGUAAUAGUGUUGAAUAAAAACGACUAAAGUCCAGAGAGGACAUAUGAAUAAAUAAAAUAGUUCCCUUGUUAUGUCGAUCACAACUUAUUUCUCUCAUGAUCACAACAUAACAAACGUUUUUUGUCGAGAUCAUGAGAUAAUCAAAAGUACCAUGCAUCAUCCAUUCAUUUGUUCAGAUGUGCAAUGACCACUUCAUCAAGGAGUCCUGUGGCUGCAUUGAUGGCGAUGUGGGGCCUUUAAGCCCUGAACGAUGCCUGAAAGGCAGCACUGUAUCAAAUCAAAUUGUAUUGUUCACAUACAUAUUUAGCAGAUGUUAUUGCGGGUUUAGCCAAAUGCUUGUGUUCCUAGCUCCAACAGUGCUGUAGUAUCUAACAAUUCUCAACAAUAAACAAUCUAAAAUAAUGGAAUUAAGAAAUAUAUAAAUAUUAGGAGGAGCAAUGUCUGAGUGGCAUUGACUAAAAUACUGUAGAAUACAGUAUAUGAAUAUGAAAUGAGUAAAACAGUAUGUAAACCUUAUUAAAGUGACUAGUGUUCCAUGUCUAUGUACUUAGGGCAGCAGGUUCUAAAGGUGCAGGAUUGAGUAACCGGGUGGUAGCCGGCUAGUGAUGGGUAUUUAACAGUCGGAUGGCCUUGAGAUAGAAGCUGUUUUUCAGUCUCUUGGUCCCAGCUUUGAUGCACCUGUACUGACCUCGCCUUCUGGAUGAUAGCGGGGUGAACAGGCCGUGGCUUGGGUGGUUGAUGUCCUUGAUGAUCUCAAAUGUACAUCUGUAAAAGUUUGUGAGGGUCUUAUGGGCCAAGCCGAAUUUCUUCAGCCUCCUGAUGUUGAAGAGGUGCUGUUGCGCCUUCACCACACUCUCUGUGUGGGUGGACCAUUUCAGAUUGUCAGUGAUCCUCAGGGAUGUAGCUCAGUUGGUAGAGCAUGGCGUUUGCAACGCCAGGGUUGUGGGUUCAAUUCCCACGGGGGGCCAGUAUGAAAAAAAUAAUAAUAAUGUAUGCACUCACUAACUGUAAGUCGCUCUGGAUAAGAGCGUCUGCUAAAUGACAAAAAAAGAAAAAAGCUUUUCACCUUCUCCACUGCGGUCCCGUCAAUGUGAAUAGGGGCGUGCUCUCUCUGUUGUCUCCUGAAGUCCAUAAUCAGCUCCUUUGUUUUGUUGACGUUGAGGGAGAGUUUAUUUUCCUGGCACCACUCCGCCAUGGCCCUCACCUCCUCCCUGUAGGCUGUCUUGUCAUUGUUGGUAAUCGGGCCUACUACUGUUGUCGUCUGCAAACUUGAUGAUUUGAGAUGGAGGCGUGCGUGGCCAUGCAGUCAUGGGUGAACAGGGAGUACAGGAGGGGCCUGAGCACACAACACCCCUGUGUUGAGGAUCAGCGUAAUGGAGGUGUUGUUCCCUACCUUCACCACCUGGGGGCGGCCCGUCCGGAAGUCCAGGACUCAGUUGCACAGGGCGGGGUUCAGACCCAGGGACCCAAGCUUAAUGAUUAGCUUGGAGGGUACUAUGGUGUUGAAGGCUGAGCUAUAGUCAAUGAACAGCAUUCUUACAUAGGUAUUCCUCUUGUCCAGAUGGGAUAGGGCAGUGUGCAGUGCAAUGGUGAUUGCAUAAUCUGUGGAUCUAUUGGGGUGGUUUGCAAAUUGAAGUUGGUCUAGGGUGUCAGGUAAGGUAGAGGUGAUAUGAUCCUUAACUAGCCUCUCAAAGCACUUCAUGAUGACAGAAGUGAGUGCUACAGGGCGAUAGUCAUUUAGUUCAGUUACCUUUUGCUUUCUUAGGUACAGGAACAAUGGUGGACAUCUUGAAGCAAGUUGGGACAGCAGACUAGGAUAGGGAGAGAUUGAAUAUGUCCGUAAACACUCCAGUCAGCUGGUCUGCGCAUGCUCUGAGAAUGCGGCUAGGGAUGCCGUCUGGGCCGGCAGCCUUGCGAGGGUUAACAUGCUUAAAUGUCUUACUCACGUCGGCCACGGAGAACGAGAGCCCACAGUCCUUGGGAGCGGACCGCAUCGGUGGCACUGUGUUAUCCUCAAAGCGGGCGAAGAAGGUGUUUAGCUUGUCCGGGAGCAAGAUGUCUGUGUCCACGACGUGGCUGGUUUUCCCUUUUGUAAUCCGUGAUUGUCUGUAGACCCUGCCAAAAUUGCAACUACACUUUCUCUGUACUGACGUUUUGCCUGUUCUAUUGCCUUACAGAGGGAAUAAUUACACUGUUUGUAUUCAACCAUAUUCCCAGUCACCAUGCCGUGGUUGAAUGCGGAGCUUCGCACUUUCAGUUUUGCAAGAAUGCUGCCAUCUAUCCACGGUUUUUGGUUUGGGUAGGUUUUAAUAGGCACAGUGGGAACAACAUCCCCUAUACACUUCCUGAUGAACUCAGUCACCGUGUCCGUGUAUACCUCAAUGUUAUUCUGAGGCAACCUGGAACAUAUCCCAGUCCGCGUGAUCAAAACAAUAUUGAAGCAUGGAUUCUGAUUGGUCAGACCAGUGUUGAAUAGACCUUAGCAUGGGUACUUCCUGUUUGAGUUUCUGCCUAUAGGAAGGGAGGAGCAGAAUGGAGUCGUGAUCUGAUUUGCCGAAGGGAGUGCGGGGGAGGGCCUUGUAGCCAUCCCGGAAGGGAGAGUAACAGUGGUCGAGAGUUUUUGUAGCGCGAGUACUACAAGGCAAUGUGUUGAUACAACUUCAGUAGCGUGUUCCUCAAAUUUGCUUUGUAAAAAUCCUCAGCUACAAAAAAUGCGGCCUCAGGAUAUGUGGUUUCCAGGAUGCUGCCUUGUAAGCUGUUUCAUAUGUACAUCUCCUUGCAGACAGCCUACAAGGCAGCAUCCUAACUUAUCAGCCUCUGAGGCUUCUAUUGAAUCUCAUCAGCAUGCCAGGAAUAGAGCAAACCCAGUCUUGAUCAUAUACAUAGUGCACUGACUGCUAAUCUGCCUGCAGGGAGCUUUACCUAUGAAACAGCCUACAAGGCAGAAUCCUGACUUAUCAGCCUCUGAGGCUCAAAUUAAAUCUGAUCAGCCUGUUAGGAACGGAGGUCACACACUCUGUACAUUUAAACAUUACCCAUAAAUCAUGAAGUGUCCCUUAAAAUUAUACACAUAUCAGUUAUGCAAGCUAACAAACAGCAUAGAUAACAAGCUAGCUAGAUAGCUAACAAGACUAGCUAGCUCGCUCACUCGCUCACUGACAAGACUAGCCAAGUUAGCUGCGUUGUUGCUUGCAUGCGAUUGUUUGUGGUCUUGGGAGUGACACAGCCUGGGAGACAGGGCUGCCUGUCAGGCAUUGUUCAGGGCUUAAAUGCCACACGAGGGCUUAGAUGCCCCAGUGGGUCUUAGCUCAAGGUAGGGGACAUUUAGCUUGCUAACAUUCUAACUUAAACUGAUAAUGAGCUCCAAACACAAAUGAAAGCAUGAUGUUAGCAUGAAAUGUACCAUCCCUUAGUUUAGCAAUCAAUAAAAACAUAUGCGCCUAUCCACGGUGGGCUCUGCCGCCUCAGCCAUACUGUCAAUCUAUUACCAAUACGUCCACUCCUAUUUAUAGAGUUUAUCUCGUGAUCUCGACAAAACAACUUUUGUUAUGUCAUGAUCAUUAGAUAAAUAUAUUGUGAUCUUGACAUAACGAGGGAUUUUUUCAUAUGUCCUUUGGACUGCUGAAUAAAACUUAAACAUGAACUCACUCAUAAAAACAGCAGCUCUUUGCUGUAUUCUUUGACAGUCUCUCUCUGGUCAUGAUUUUAAAAGUUAUGAAAUCUAACGUAGGCUAGUAUCAAACUUUGCUGUGGCCGGGGUCGUGGAAGCUGUAGGCACAGUGAUUUUGAGCUAUCCGAUUGGCCAUCGCAGUAGGCGCACUUGAUUUAGUCACAUAUCUCCCGUUCCGCCGGGUAGGCGUAGUUUGUCUAAUGGGAACACUUUGCUUACCUGGUGCUCAGGGCUUCUGAAUCAACUACUCCUACCGCCAACAGCGCAACACAAAACAAAUGUAAACACGAAAAGGAGCGCAGGCCUUUAUCAUUGGCUUUUGGUGAUCAACUAGGAAUGCCUUGAAGAUCAACCGGUUGGUGACCACUGGUCUAAACAGUAUCUAGGCAUAUUUCAUUUUAGAAAUAUAUGAUCAUUUAUUCUAAGUCCAAGGCCUGACACCUUACCAACAGACAAAGCACAAAAUUGUCUACUGAAAUGCGGGCUCUGUGAAGAAUAUCUGGGCACCUGAUAACAUACGUUGCCGCUUGCCAAUAUAUGCUUUGAAUGAAAAUGUACAGUGGAAUUAGGCGAAGUGAUUUGUCAGCUUAGGCUUGGCCGUAUGCUUCUAACCUCAUGGUACUAUGCAUUUAUUAGUGAUGUACACUGAGUGUACAAAACAUUAAACACCUUCCUAAUAUUGAGUUGCACCCCCUCCCCUUUUUUCCCUCAGAACAGCCUCAAUUCGUCGGGUCAUGGACUCUACAAGGUGUCGAAAGCGUUCCACAGGGAUGCUGGCCCAUGUUGAUUCCAAUGCUUCCCACAGUUGUGUCAAGUCAGCUGGAUGUCCUUUAGGUGGUGGACAAUUCUUGAUACACACGUGAAACUGUUGAGCGUAAAUAAACACAGCAGCGUUGCAGUUCUUGACACAAAUCGGUGCGCCUGGCACCUACUACCAUACCCUGUUCAACGGCAAUUAAAUAUUUUGUCUUGCCCAUUCGCCCUCUGAAUGGCACACAUGCGCAAUCCAUAUCUCAAUUGUCUCGGGGCUUAAAAAUCCUUCUUUAACCUGUCUCAUUCCCUUCAUGUACACUGAUUUGAAGUGGAUUUAACAAGUAACCUCAAUAAGGGAUCACCUGGCCAGUCUGUCAUGGAAAGAGCAGGUGUUUAUAAUGUUUUGUACACUCAGUGUAUAUUCAUGUGUCAGUGCUUAUUGAAUCAUUUUAAAGGUCAACUGCCCCUUAGAACCAACUUAUCUGGUUUUAAGCGGCCAAUGUGGCAUCGGUAUGAGUCAGAAACAUUAAUUAUAGUGUCAAAAUUGACUACAAAGUGUAAAUAGGAUAAUUUUGGUCAGUCAGUCACUUCCAAAACUGAGUUACUGGAGGGUUAGGUAUGGAUUACGAUGAUGCCAACGUGCCCAGUGCCCACUAACAUGAGAGAAGCAGCUGUGCUGAUUGCGCUCAAUCAACUGUGCGUGCUCUAUCCAAUCGUACGAGUCAGAACCUCCAGACAGUGAGACAGAUCUGACCAUUAUGCAGUGCCUCAGACUUGUUUCCAUAAGACAACGCGUCGCCCAUGUUAAAAUAACACUUGGCCCUGAGCCCUUAAUGGAGUGGCCACUUACUGAUGUGUUUGAUAGUGUCAGUCACUUUUUGGGGCAAAAUUUGAAUUGAGACGAUCAGAGCGCACUUCUGUCCCAACUGCAACUUGUCAAUUUUCCAAAACACAUGUUACCUGUUUUGUAACAUGAUUCCCUAUGAAACACUGACAGACAGACUCGCACUCUGGUAAUAGUGAGAAAGUUGUACAAAACAACACUGAAGUACACACUUCGCCACUCGCCAGUGACUUGAUAAGCUGAUUGUGGCCUGACUGCUCAAUGUGCCUGCCAGCUACUACUUGCUAGCUUCAUUGACAAACACCAAGUUGGAACUUACCUAGCUAGCAAGUGAUUUGGGGCACUGAUAAAGAACGUGUAGCUUGUGCUUUAUUUACGAUAGUUUGACAGCUUGCAGAUGAUGAAGUUGUAGACAUGUUAUUGUUCUCAGAAAUCAGUCCUGAGCACGCAGCCAGACUUUCCACACUCAAUAGACUGUAUGCAGUGCACUGACUAGUUUUUCAUGGAAAUGUUUCAACUUGAGAAAUACUGCACCAAGUACCUUACCUAGAUGUAAAAUUGCGCGACUAAGACGUCCUCGGCAAAAAUGUCUAAAUGUAAUUACGUAUUUCUUGAUUUAUCUUGACUAUUUUAAAGAAGUUACUUUUUUGAGGAAGUGGCUGUUGUUGCUACGGUGACUCAGGACGGGCAAACAACAGUACUUGCCAGGGUACGAUAUGCCAACAUAACACACCUACAUCAAACCACACCCCCAAGAGUAAGACAACUCUCAUUUGGCUUCAGUCAUGGCUGCUAGCAUUUCUUAGUGAGUAAUCUUCAAAACGAGGCCAAAUAAGGAAGUGCAGUCGCCCUUUAAACAAAUAUGCUUUCUUUCUUUUUUUCUAGGCGAUGCCGUGCUCAGAAAUCUUGAAAUAAAAGAAAAUGCCUUGGUAUGUUUUACAUGAAUGGCUAGGUCUACUACUAAACGUAUCAGUGGUUAAAUGUUAAUUAUGUAGGUACAUUCACAUUGGAUUGUGCUGAGUAUUUUUGUUCUUGUUUCAGAGCCAACUUGACAUUCCUUUUAAAGUAAGAGCAGGGCAUAUAGGUAAGAUUUGUCUGAUGACUCUCAACCCAACACCUCCUACCAUUACCAUACAACAUUUACUGUUAUCGUCCUUCUCUGUCUUUCUCACUCUUCAAUCUUUUUCCUAUUUGUUCUCUCUCUACUAUGUGUGUGUGUGUGUGUGGUUCUGUCAGGACGCUUGGAGUUGAAGAUUCCAUGGAAGAAUCUGUACACACAGUCAGUGGAAGCCACACUGGAUGGAGUCUACCUACUCAUCGUGCCCACAGCCAGUAAGAAACCUAGCUGUUGUUUGUGUGUGUGUGUGUGUGUGGGUGUGUGUGUGUCUUUGUUAAUGUUUGCGUGUUUCAGGUAUAAAGUAUGAUGCAGAGAAGGAGGAGAAACAGCUCCAGGAGGCUCGUCAGAGGGAGCUCCAGAGGAUCGAAGAGACCAAACAGAAAGCAGCAGAACAAGGUCAGAGUUCAUGUGUCUGUCUGUGAGUCACGCUUUCAUUACAUCUUCAAACCUCUCUUAAGUAAAUGUCAUAAUUUCAUUAAGUUGCAGGGCUAGCAUUGGGCUGAAACAGACUCAGGACUGUGGCUUGAAUGCGUGUACUGUAAUAUGUUAAUUAAUUCCACAGAAAACCCUGCACUUGAGAAGCAGGACACCUUUGUGGAGAAACUUGUGACGCAGGUGAUCAAGAACCUUCAAGUGAAGAUCUCCAACAUCCACGUCCGCUAUGAGGAUGAUGUGUGUAUUCUACCCAGUGUACUACAGUUGUACUACAACAUUUUAAAUGUGUAUAUUAUUACUGUAUUUCAUUACUGUACCUUUCUCUCACUCUCAGGUCACGAACCCCAAUUGCCCAUUUUCAUUUGGAGUGUCACUGCAGAACCUCAGCCUUCAGGUAACGUGUGUAUUCACCCCUCCUCGUGAAAUCUGUCAUUCAUUGUAGAUAUACAAGCUCAAUUACAGUGGUUCGAUUUAGUUAACGUCUGGAUGUGAGAUAUGAGAUGUCUUGGUUGUGGUCAGGUUUAUGGUCUAUUUCUGGUCUGACCCUGAAACCAUAUCACGUAACCUCUCAACCCCAAAACUACGUGACCCCACAGACUGCAGAUGGGAACUGGAUGCCUUGUCUCCUGGAUGAGAAAGCCAAGCUGUUUUUCAAGGUAGUCAGUCCACAGCAUUUGCUAUACUGUACAUUAGUUUUACAUACAUACAUUAUUACACUGUUAUACUGUCAACAGCGUUCUAAGCUGUUUUCUGUUAUGCUUUUUCCUCUCCUCAGCUCGUCCAGUUGGACAAUCUCUUUGCUUACUGGAACGUGAACUCGAUGCUGUACUCCAAUCACAUGCCAGAUGAGGCCCUGGUGAGUCACUGUGCCAUCAUUCAGUGGCGUCACGGAGCGGUGGGUCCCUUAAGUGAGAGUGAUUAUGUCUAUCUGUGACGUCUAACGAAGCAUGUCUUCCUGUCUGUCGCAUUUCCACAGCGAUGCCUCCAGGACAGCAUCCCGGGGGGUUCCACCCCCAUGAACCAUGAUUUCAGUAAGUGUCACCCAGUCGAUAUAGGGGUGUGACAUCAUUCACGUCUGGAUCAGAGUCUUGAUAGUCAUGUUGUCACCCACCUGAUACAUGGAAUGAAAUCUCACUCAGUGUAGUCAUUGGAGUUUUUAUUGUAAUUCAAGAUAUCUUCUCAUUAUGAAGGCCCACGGUGGAAUUGUUGUUUUAAUUCGGUAUCUUAUUAAUAACCUUAUUUUCCUGUUCAUUGCUGGCAGUUUUUCGUCCGAUAACGGCUGAUGCGAAGCUGCGCAUGAACCCCCGGUCAGAUGUGGACUUCUCCUCUCCCAAGGUGGACCUGGUGGUCAACCUAAGAGAGGUGGCUGUGGAGCUCAACAGACCACAGGUGAUGGAGGGAGAUAUGAGAGCGAGAAAGAUACAUUUUCAUCGAGCAAAAGAGCACCAAUAUGUACCAUAAAAAUCAUUUCAAUCUGCAGCCGGAUUUAAUUUGAAACAUUUCUUCAACAAUGUGCAUAGUAAGGAGGGUGACUAUUAUAUAACUACAGUGAAGUAAACUGAUGCAUGCCAUUCACACAAUCGGAACUCGCAUUGGAUUAUAUACCAUCCCGUCUAUUUGAAAUGUUACAGUACGCUCAUUACAACGCUAAUUUUUUUGGCGUGAUGAGCGUUGCCCAGAGUUAGAAUUUCUACAAAUUUAAAUUAUUGUUUCCCUCUCUGUGCUUCUCUGUUGCCAUCUUCGUUGUCCCUUUGUUGACCCCUGAACUCUCACCCCUUCCUUCUCUCCAGUACAUCAGCAUUCUGGAGCUCCUGGGCUCAGUGGAUAUGAUGUCACGCAACCUGCCCUACAGGAAAUACCGUCCGCAUGUCCACGUGCACACCAACGCCUCUCUAUGGUCAGAGCUCACACUUUUCUUUUAUUUACUUUUCUUUCUUCUACAAAAAAUUAUUUUGUCACAAUGACAAAAAUGUUGUUUAUUGUUGAUGUUUAGAUGGUGAAUGAGUGAAUGCAUUUAAUUGAUCAUUGUGUUAUGUUUUAUGCCAUCCAGUAUAAGAUUACUAGAUACAUUUUCCCAAUCAAUUGAGUUACCUUGAUGUACACAUACUGGUUCCGUAGUGACUGUGUCACUGCUUGUGUAUGUCAUCCAGGUGGCAGUAUGUGAUCACAGGCAUCAUGGAGGUGGACGUGAAGCCGCGGCUGCACAUGUGGUCGUGGCAGCACAUCCGCUGCCACCGGCAGACAGUCAAGCAUUACAGAGAGCUCUACAAGGCCAAGAUCACCAGCAAGAAGCCCACUGAGAAGCAGCUCAGGGAACUGGAGGUGUGUAGAGAUCAGGGUGAUUAUUCAUUAGGCACCAAAUGGAAGAAAAUGGACUAAAACAGGGAGGGACUACCUGGACUUGUCCAAUAAGAAACACUCAUUAACAUUUUCCGUUUUGAAACCUUUUCUGUGACGUUCCCUAAUGAGUGCGACCCAGACCUGAGUUCAAAUAGUAUUUGUUUUAUUUUCAAAACUUGAGCAGUGCUUGAUUGAGCCUGCCUGUCAGUAAUGGGACCAAUGGCAUAGUCCUCAAAGUGCAAACCCUGCCCAUCUGGCACACCGGGCAAAGUAUUUGAAAGAAAACAAAAUUCUAUUUGAACCCAGGUGUGGUGGAGAUUGAGAAGGACCUACUCCUCUCAUGAUCUGAGUUGCAUCCCCAGUCUUUGUAUCUACUUUGCUGCAUUGAUUGAUGAUGGACAUUAAAGGUAGACUCAGCGAUAUGAUGUAGAUGCAGAAAGUAAACCGCAUAGUGGGUCAAUUUCUGUAACAACUAAGAGCGUUGAAGCGCGAAGCUCUUCUUCUCCACUGUUUUGGUCCCCUAGCUACCAAGCUGUAACAGCGUGAAGCGAACCCGUGCACACAGAUACUGUGUGUGACUGUGAGAGCGAAGUCUUGCAUCGCGCUCAUCUCAAUAUCUGCUGUGCUGUUCGUGGCAAUGUCAUUUUGCUGAGUCUACCUUUAAGUAAUUGAUGAAGUAAUUGAUGGAUUCCCAUAACGGUCCGGGAACUGUUUUAAUGUGCCCAGGAGCCUGAGCGGACUCUGGAUAUUUUUAACAUCACACUGGCCAGGCAGCAAGCUGAGAUGGAGGUACGGAUUGAGCAAUCUGUUGAAUUAUCCCUAACAAACUAUCCAUCUUCUCUGUAUGUACUGUACUCUGUUUUGUCUGUCUACCAACUAAUUUGUUCAAAGUGACAGAAAAGCAUGACUGAAAUGAUCCUACUCAGUCACACUGCCAUAGCGUAACCACCAGUGCAUCACCUGGUCAGUGGUCACAGUCUAACUAACAGUGGUUCUAGCUAGUGGUUGUGGCUGAGGCGUUAUGUGUAGACUGUGACUGGCACUGGUUGGUUGUUCCAGGCGAGCAAAGCGGGUCUGCGUAUCUUCCGUCCGGGGGUGAAGGUGGAGGAGGAGGAAUCUCAGGGCUGGUUGGGCUGGAUGUGGUCCGGCUGGUCAGGAGAUGGUGGCGCCGAGGCCAAGGAGGUCAAGACCGGAGGUGAGACCGCCCGCAAAGCCAAUCACCAUGCUCAAUUUUGUACAUACAGUGCCUUGAGAAAGUAUUAACACCCCUUGACUUUUUCCACAUUUUGUUACAGCCUGAAUUUAAAAUUGAAUAAAUGUAGAUUUCUUUGGGUCACUGGCCUACACACACUACCUCAUAAUGUCAAAGUGGAAUUAUGUUUAAAUGUUUUUUUACAAAAUGAAAAGCUUGAAUGUCUUGGGUCAAUAUGUAUUCAUCCACUUUAUUAUGGCAAGCCUAAAUAAGUUCAGGAGUAAAAUUGUGCUUAACAAGUCACAUAAGUUGCAUGGCGACACUCUGUGUGCAACAAUAGUGUUUAACAUGAUUUUUGAAUGACUACCUCAUCUCUGUACCCCACACAUACAAUUAUCUGUAAGGUCCCUCAGUCGAGCAGUGAAUUUCAAACACACAUUCUACCACAAAGACCAGGGAGGUUUUCCAAAGCCUCACAAAAAGGGCACAUAUUGGUAGAUGGGUAAAAAAAAAAAAAAGCAGACUUUGAAUAUCCCUUUGAGCAUGGUGAAGUUAUUAAUUACACUUUGGAUGGUGUAUCAAUACACCCAGUCACUACAAAGAUAGAGGCGUCCUUCCUAACUCAGUUGCCGGAGAGGAAGGAAACCGCUCAGGGAUUUCACCAUGAGGCCAAUGGUAACUUUAAAACAGUUACAGAGUUGAAUGGCUGUGAUAGGAGAAAAGUGAGGAUGGAUCAACAACAUUGUUGGUACUCCACGAUACUAACCUAAUUGACAGAGUGAAAAUAAGGAAGCCUGUACAGAAUACAAAUAUUCCAAAACAUGCAUCCUGUUUGCAACAAGGCACUAAAGUAAUACUGCAAAAAAUGUGGCAAAGCAAUUUACUUUUUGUCCUGAAUACAAAGUGUUAUGUUUGGGGCAAAUCCAAUGCAACAUAUUACUGAGUACCACUCUCCAUAUUUUCAAGCAUAGUGGUGGUUGCAUCAUGUUAUAGGUAUGCUUGUAAUUGUUAAGGACUGAGGAGUUUUUCAGGAUAAAAAAGAAACUGAAUGGGGCUAAGCACGGGCAAAAUCCUAGAGAAAAACCUGGUUCAGUCUGCAUUCCAUCAAACACUAGGCCAAAUCUACACUGAAGUUGCUUACCAAGAAGACAGUGAAUGUUCUGGAGUGGCCGAGUUACAGUUUUGACUUAAAUCUACUUGAAAAGCUAUGGCAUGACUUGAAAAUGGUUGUCUAGCUAACAUUUUGAAAAUAAUAAUGGGCAAAUGUUUCACAAUCCAGGUGUGGAAAGCGCUUAGAGACUUACCCAGACAGACUCACAGCUGUAAUCGCUGCUAAAGGUGCUUCUACAAAGUAUUGACUCAGGGGUGUGAAUACAGUACUUAUGUAAAUUAGGUAUUUUUGUAUUUCAUGUUCAUACAAUAUUCCAAAAGUAUGUUUUCAUUUAGUCAUUAUGGGGUAUUGUGUGUAGUUGGGUGAGAGAAAACAAAUCAAUUGAAUCCAUUUUGAAUUCAGGCUGAAACAAAACAAUGUGGAAUAAGUCAAUGGGUAUAAAUACUUUUUGACGGCACUGUACCUUCAUAUUAAAUUAGACAUUACACAUUUAAUACAGGGUCACACUGUGACUAAUACUGUGACUAAUCAAAAAUAUGCGAAAUAUCUAUUAUUGCCAGCAUUCUGCCACAGCUGCAGUCUUUGUGGCUUGGCGCUUGCAAGCUUGAAGUAGGCCUUGGCUAGCUAAAUGCCAUUGUAGGCCUACCAAGUACAAACCUAGCUACAAAAGUAGUCAAUGGCAAAACUAAGCUCUAGAAAAGACCCCAUACUGAUAUUGAGGUGGGGAAUUCCUGUAAAUCUUCUGGGCUUAGACCUGGGCCUAGACCUUCAACGUCCAUUGUCUAGGAGGCUGUCGCUCCUUACCGGGGAAUCAUCUGACACAGAUGAAGCACGGUUGGAGUUUGGGCUGCAUUAGCAUAUGCAUUCUGAACCAACUGAACAUUUAUUUUUAUUGGGAGAAAUCCCCAUGGGAGGAGAGUGUCAACAAAUGAGAUCAAACAAGUAGGCUACGAGGGCGUCAAUGCUUAGUCAUCUACAGCUCGCCUCUCUUUUUUUUUUGCAAUCUACACACAAUAUCCCAAAAUUACAGUGAAAAUAGUUUUUUAAAAGUUUUUGCAAAUGUAUUAAAAAUUAAAAACAGAAAUACCUUAUUUACGUAAGUGUAAAAUACCCUUUGCUAGGAGACUUGAAAUUGAGCUCCGGUGCAUCCUGUUUCCAUUGAUCGUCCUUGAUGUUUCUACAACUUGAUUGGAGUCCACCUGUGGUAAAUUCAAUUGAUUGGACAUGAUCUGGGAAAGGACACACCUGUCUAUAUACAGUGAGGGAAAAAAGUAUUUGAUCCCCUGCUGAUUUUGUACGUUUGCCAACUGACAAAGAAAUGAUCAUUCUAUAAUUUUAAUGGUAGGUUUAUUUGAACAGUGAGAGAAAAAACGUAUGUCAAAAACGUUAUAAAUUGAUUUGCAUUUUAAUUAGGGAAGUAAGUAUUUGACCCCCUCUCAAUCAGAAAGAUUUCUGGCUCCCAGGUGUCUUUUAUACAGGUAACGAGCUGAGAUUAGGAGCACAGUCUUAAAGGGAGUGCUCCUAAUCUCAGUUUGUUUCCUGUAUAAAAGACACCUGUCCACAGAAGCAAUCAAUCAAUCAGAUUCCAAACUCUCCACCAUGGCCAAGACCAAAGAGCUCUCCAAGGAUGUCAGGGACAAGAUUGUAGACCUACACAAGGCUGGAAUGGGCUACAAGACCAUCGCCAAGCAGCUUGGUGAGAAGGUGACAACAGUUGGUGCGAUUAUUCGCAAAUGGAAAAAACACAAAAUAACUGUCAAUCUCCUUCGGCCUGGGGCUCCAUGCAAGAUCUCAUCUCGUGGAGUUGCAAUGAUCAUUAGAACGGUGAGGAAUCAGCCCAGAACUACACGGGAGGAUCUUGUCAAUGAUCUCAAGGCAGCUGGGACCAUAGUCACCAAGAAAACAAUUGGUAACACACUACACCGUGAAGGACUGAAAUCCUGCAGCGCCCGCAAGGUCCCCCUGCUCAAGAAAGCACAUAUACAGGCCCGUCUGAAGUUUGCCAAUGAACAUCUGAAUGAUUCAGAGGAGAACUGGGUGAAAGUGUUGUGGUCAGAUGAGACCAAAAUCGAGCUCUUUGGCAUCAACUCAACUCGCCGUGUUUGGAGGAGGAGGAAUGCUGCCUAUGACCCCAAGAACACCAUCCCCACUGUCAAACAUGGAGGUGGAAACAUUAUGCUUUGGGGGGUUUUUUCUGCUAAGGGGACAAGACAACUUCACCGCGUCAAAGGGACGAUGGACGGGGCCAUGUACCGUCAAAUCUUUGGUGAGAACCUCCUUCCCUCAGCCAGGGCAUUGAAAAUGGGUCGUGGGUGGGUAUUCCAGCAUGACAAUGACCCAAAACACACAGCCAAGGCAACAAAGGAGUGUCUCAAGAAGAAGCACAUUAAGGUCCUGGAGUGGCCUAGCCAGUCUCCAGACCUUAAUCCCAUAGACAAUCUGUGGAGGGAGCUGAAGGUUCGAGUUGCCAAACGUCAGCCUCAACCUUAAUGAUCUGCAAAGAGGAGUGGGACAAAAUCCCUCCUGAGAUGUGUGCAAAACCCAACUACAAGAAACGUCUGACCUCUGUGAUUGCCAACAAGGGUUUUGCCACCAAGUACUAAGUCAUGUUUUGCAGAGGGGUCAAAUACUUAUUUCCCUCAUUAAAAUGCAAAUCAAUUUAUAACAUUUUUGACAUGCGUUUUUCUGGAUUUUUGUUGUUGUUAUUCUGUCUCUCACUGUUCAAAUAAACCUACCAUUAAAAUUAUAGACUGAUCAUGUCUUUGUCAGUGGGCAAACGUACAAAAUCAGCAGGGGAUCAAAUACUUUUUUCCCUCACUGUAAGGUCCCACAGUUGACAGUGCAUGUCAGCGCAAAAACCAAACCAUGAGGUCAAAGGAAUUGUCCGUAGAGCUCUGAGACAGGAUUGUGUCGAGGCACAAAUCUGGGGAAGGGUACCAAAACAUGUAUGCAGCAUUGAAGGUCCCCAAGAACACAGUGGCCUCCAUCAUUCUUAAAUGGCAGAAAUUUGGAACCACCAAGACUCUUUCUAGAGCUGGCCACCCGGCCAAACUGAGCAAUCGAGGGAGAAGGGCCGGAGCAAAGUACAGAUGAACGGAGCAAAGCACAGAGAGAUCCUUGAUGAAAACCUACUCCAGAGCGCUCAGGACCUCAGACUGGGGCGACUGUUCACCUUACAACAGGACAACGACCCUAAGCACACAGCCAAGACAAUGCAGGAGUGGCUUCGGGACAUGUUUCUGAAUGUCCUUGAGUGGCACAGCCAGAGCCCGGACUUGAACCUGAUUGAACAUCUCUGGAGAGACCUGAAAAUAGCUGUGCAGCGACGCUCCCCAUCCAACCUGACAGAGCUUGAGAGGAUCUGCAGAGAAGAAUAGGAGAAACUCCCCAAAUACAGGUGUGCCAGGCUUGUAGCGUCAUACUCAAGGAGACUUGAGGUUGUAAUCGCUGCCAAAGGUGCUUCAACAAAGUAUUGAGUAAAGGGACUGAAUACUUAUGUAAAUGUGAUAUUUAAGUAAAGCAACAUUUCUAAACCUGUUUUUGCUUUGUCAUUAUGGGGUAUUGUGUGUAGAUAGAUGAGGAAAUGUUUUAUUUAAUACAUUUUAGAAUAAGGCUGUAACGUAAGAAAAUGUGGAUAAAGUCAAGGGGUCUGAAUACUUUUCGAAUGCACUGUAUACCCUCUAUGAUAAUGCAAAGGCCACCGUGCCAAUCAUUCAGCUGGUUUACUGUGUGUCAUGAGCAUGCCAAUGCGCCGCAGUUGACAUGUUGAUUGUUGGCUCUGCACUCUUACUAUUUUGAUGAACAGUGUUCUUUAAUCCUGGUCCUGGGGAACCAUGGGGUGUGUAACUAGGGCUGACACAAUUACUGUGUAACCGACAGUUAUGGAUGAAGACCGUCAUGAAAAUAAAAUAACCGUUAAACUAAAUUAGUUGAGUCAAUGGUGUUGAUGCUGGGCUGGAGAUAAAAACCUGCACACCCUGUGGGUCUCCAGGACCAGCAUUAAAGAACACUGGACAAAAUUAUUUCCAAAUGGGCAUUAAACCUGUCCUGUCCCACCCUAUGAAUUAUGAAGUAUUGAAUCAUGUUGAUGACAAGGUGCUCAUGAUGGUUUUAGACCAAUGAUGUUCAUGUAUAUCUGUAGCGUUUCCACCGCCAUUUCUCAAAUAAUGUAUUUUACAGACACAAAAAGAACUGUCGAGAUUGCGUAAUUCAAAUCUGGUAUUGGAAUAAGAAUCAAGAGAUCUUCAAUCCAAGCUUAAUUUAUUAUAUGCAAAAUGUAUUGUAUGAUAAGUAUGAAAGUUCGUAUACGGGCUCACUGUCAAACCACGCAGGGCCGACAGAGAACUAGAAUUAUUGUUUACAGAAAUUUCUCAAGUACUCUUCUGUUGGCCAACCAGAGCAAAGGACUGAGUGUGGUUCAGCCAAUCCGUUGGCGCAGGGGUGGGCCCAACUCCUCGGCACUCCAUUUGUUACUAGACAUGGUUGCUAUGAUAACCUGCGGAGCCAGCACCGAGAAUACACAAUAUCCACUGUAUCCAGGUUCAAGGACAGUUUCACAGAAUACAAAGAGGCAGUGAGGUCUAGUACUUUGAGACACAAGUUCUUAUCUCCCCCUACUCCCUAAAACAGCUCCUCACAUUAAUCACAGCAGCACAGCACAAACCCUUCACGCCUAAUCAUCAAUGCAUUCCUUCCAAGGUAGUCAUCUCAUACAGAUCCAAUUAUGAGAAAAAUAAAACCCAACAGAACCCACCCACCAUGUCGCACGAACAAAUUAUCUGUCGGCAUUUAUAAACUUGUACCGAAACGUCCUGUUUCCAUCACAGCUGUCGUGAUUUUUUUUUUAAUACAGAUUGAACUGUGCACUUGGAACUGCAUUUUGCACUCUGUACUACCUUUUGUAAAGUUAAUUUGAAAUGAUCUUGAUAAGGUGCACCUGAUGUUUUAAUGUUAUUGUUAAUCAUGUUGUAAAGCAUAAUGCCGUUUUUUUUUGGUCUUCUAAUUCUCCUCAGCUUUUGACGAGUUUAUGACUUCUGCUGAGAAGGCCAAACUCUACACUGCCAUCGGCUACAGUGAGAUUGCUGUCAAUCAUAAUCUGCCAAAGAACGUGAGUUGCUACUGCAUAUUCCCACACACUGUAGUGCAGUACCACAGUCCCUGGCGUCUUCCAAACGAGAUAAAGAUAAUCUAGGACACUGUUCAGUCUCCCUUUCUCUCUGAUCUUGUUUGUGCAGUUUGAGGACAUGAAGAUUAAUUUCCACAUGGAGAGGAUGUCUGUCUCAAUGAAAGACAACAAGGACCAGAAUGAAAUCCUCAAACUAACAGUUGAAGAUCUGAAAUCCAUGCUGACCCAGAGGCCUGGAGCACAAGCAAUUAAGUAAGUACAAUAUGGGGUGUGUUCCCUAAGGUGAAACGUUCAGAACGUUGCAGAUAGAAAUGAAUAGAACUGACAUGAUGCCCAAUUCUACAUGACAGAAUAUCAUAUCUGCCGUAGCGGUAAACCUGUACGCUUCCGAACAGACCCUGCAUUUAAAUACUUCCCCUUCCUUCCCUGCUCUGUUUUAGUUCUUUAUCAAUGGGAUGCACUAUAGUUGCCUUUUUUUUUGUGCCACCAUUUUGCGAUUCUCGGUUUGCCAGUAUCUCUUUUUCUUUCUCUCUCUCUCUGCUUUUCCCUCCUCUCUCUUCCUCUGCCUCCUCCACUCUCACCCCCCUUCUUUCUGCCCUUGGUUCUGAUGCUCUUGUUGCUGCUGCUCUCAGGCUGUCGGCCCAGCUCAGUCUGUUUGAGGUGACAGGACUAGCCAAUAACCGUCCAGCACCCACGUUGCUGUCGUCAAGGAAGGCUGCCACGGUAACGGGGACCCCCCUGUUGGACAUCCUGUUUGAGACCAACCCUCUAGACGAGAGCGCUGACCAGCGGCUCCGCGUCGAAUCCCAGCCUCUGGAGAUAAUCUAUGAUGCUGUGAGUGUGUGUUUGUUUGUGCAUUUUUGUGCGCGUGUGUCCUGUGUACAUAAUUGUAUUCCAGUCGUUCCUCGGUUCAAUCAGGCAUGUAGUUGUUAGAACGAAAGUCCGCACCACCUGUUUUUGUGCGUGUGUGUAACAACAUGGAUACCUGUCUCUCUCUCCGGCAGGUGACGGUGAACAGCAUGAGUGCGUUCUUCUCGCCACCUGAUGACCUCCAGCUAGACGAUCUGACCAACGCCACUCUCAUGAAGCUGGAGCAGUUCAGAGACCGCACCUCCACAGGUCAGAGCCCCGCCUCUAGCUCUGACUGACAGGCCACACUCACGUUCCUGGCUUUUCACAAGAAACACAGUACUGAUAGAUUUUUGACAUGUGCUGCAGACCCAAACAUCUAUUCUAAUUUACCUUCUAUGGACAUUUACUCUGAUUCAUCAGACAGGAUACAAGCCGUUGACCUCAAUCUCCACUCCAUACUUCCUUCUGGCACACACACACACCUUCCCUUUCAUAUCCAUAUGUAAGAACAUGUUGAAGUAUAACAACCAUUCUAUGUUGUUGUCUGAAGGGCUGAUGUACGUGAUUGAGACCCAAAAGGUUCUGGAUCUGAACAUCAACCUCAUGGCCUCCUACGUGAUCGUGCCCCAAACCGGCUUCUACGACUCCACCCAGAACCUCAUGCUAUUGGACCUGGGUCACUUCAAGGUAAGUCACUUCAAUGUGCGCAGCAUGCGCGUUUGUGUAGAGAGAGCGGUCGGAUCGGACUUGAGUGAGUGAGAGACGGAGGAAAGAGACGAUAUAUGGAGUAGUUGAUAAUUAUGAUUGAUCACACCACACUUGGCUGGGUUUUUGUUUUGAAUCACUAAAGUCAAAUGAAAAAUGGAACAGUAGAGGUAACACAUUAACAAAAUUUGACUUGCCAAAUAGGGCAACCACAGUGAAGGAUCCACUUGCCUGACUGUUUUAAUUUACUUGCCCCAGGCAACCGUUUAAUGUAAAUCCCUGCCUAAUGAACAGGACCUCACCCAGGUGUUAUGGCAUCGUCUUGUGUUAUCAGGUGUCUAGUCUGAGCAGAGAAGGGCUGCCACAGCUCUCUGUAGGGAGAAGUACUAUAGAGGACAUUAUGUCCCGAGCCUACGACCGCUUUGACGUCCAGCUCAGCAGCCUACAGUUCCUCUACAGCAAACCAGGUACACACACAGACGGACGAAGGCACACACACGCAAACUCGCGUAUGGAGACACACACACAAUUAUCUAAACGUUUAUUGCCCAAAAUGUCAUGUGACGCAACUACGCAGGGAAUCAUUUUGUGUAGCUUAUUGUGUUCUUGCGUUGCGUACUUAGGUAGACUAUACAUGAGGCUUAACCGUGCCAGUGGUUGUUGUGUUGUGUUAGACGGGGACUGGAAGAAAGCCCGUAAGCUGAGGCAGUCGGCCCUCCACAUCCUGGAGCCUGUCGACGUCAAGGUGGUGUUCAGCCGAGCCAUGGUGGUCACAGAUUCACGCAUGCCCAAGUAAGAGGGGAAAAGGGGUGUGUGGGUUGGUGUGUGGGUGUGAUGGACAGUCAGCCACUGUGUAAUGAUGUUUGUCAAAUAGCUGGUCAGAUGAAUAAAGUGUGUGUGUCAGGUUUAAAAUCUCCGGGGAGCUGCCUCUCCUGUCUCUGAGGAUCUCUGAUGAUAAGGUACGGGGUGUGCUGGAGCUGAUCGACAGCAUCCCGCUGCCGGAGAGCAGGCCGGCCCCGCGCAGCACCAACAUGUACUCUACAUCGAAGGUACUAACUCUACUGGACCUCCAUCUCUGCCUGUCUGUAGGUUGACUCUGUCUGCGAUGUGUGUAGAUAGAUUUCAGUUGGGUUGGCUAUGUGCGGCGUGUAAUCUCUGCUUGUGUUUAUGGUGCAGGCUCCAAAGCAGUCAUACACCCCUCAGCUAACCCCCAGGAAACCAACCAUGGCUGAACUGCGCAACUCCCUGAUAUGGGAAUCAGGUGAGACAUGUACGCACACACAUACAGCCCUGUGUACACAUUACAAAUGGACGUCUGUACUUUUUACGAAUACACACGACCGUGAUCAUGACAGACGUUGGUGUGGCAUUUACGUUAGUGUGUGUGUGUGCAGGCUCAGAGGAGGAUCUGUUCUACGAUGCUCCCAGCUCUCCUAUAGGAGACCGUCCGUUCUUCCCCGACAACAUGCCCAGCCCUCUGCAGCGCUCCGACUCGGUCAAGAGGAGAGGUCUGGUCAAGAAAGACCCCAAGAAGAACAUGACAGAGUUCCUCAUGACGUUUGAGAUCAGCAAAGUAUGCUUAAUCUCAUCUACGUCUGUGUGCGUGUGUGAGAGAGUACCUAAACAGUUCAUUUAGUUGCGUUCACUCUGAUUGAUAGUAUAGGAGCGUGUGUGUGUGCAUGCGUGAACUUGAACCCCAUAUCCCUUCUUUUUCUGCUGUCUAGCUGUCUGUUCAGCUGUGUCGUCUGUCUGGAGGCCAGGAGGUCACAGUGUUACACCUGGACAUCGAGGGGCUGGGCACCGAGCUGAAGCUACGUACCUUCGACAUGACAUCCUACACAUUCCUACGAGAGAUCUGCCUAGAGUGCCCCGAGUACAUGGGUAAGUGAGGAAAUGGCUGUUAGAGCUGUCAACUGAGGCAGAAAUUCACAAUCGAAAGUAUUUAAAUCUAAUUUGUAUACAUUUACAUAAUGUCGAAAUGAGUGAUAUGCACCUUCACUACAGCCUUAGAUAUCCACACCAGCUCUGACAUUAGGGGAGAUGCCAGAAAAGGUAGUCAAACUUGAAUGUGUCUGUUUUAUGAAGAUGUUCUUAUAUGCUAUUGAAACCAGCAUUUCUCUCCUAUUCUAUUGGUUUUCAAAUGAACUUUAUUUCAUUGUCCACUGCAUUCAAAGGCACUAUUCUAGUAAUGUUUGUUAGCAAACCAUUGUAGUUGUUGCAUCUUUAGAUCACCCCUCUUUCUACGCUUUUACCAUAUAUUUUCACCUGAAAUCACUCUCAUCUAGUUUGCUUUCAGAACUGUUUUUCCUGCGAUUGCAUUUUCUGAGCACUAGCAGAACGGCAGUGUGCGCCUUGCUGCGCUUGGACUGUGAAGACAUUUGUGUAUAUACAGUGAGGGAAAAAAGUAUUUGAUCCCCUGCUGAUUUUGUGCGUUUGCCCACUGACAAAGACAUUAUCAGUCUAUAAUUUUAAUGGUAAGUUUAUUUGAACAGUGAGAGACAGAAUAACAAUGAUCUCAAGGCAGCUGGGACCAUAGUCACCAAGAAAACAAUUGGUAACACACUAUGCCGUGAAGGACUGAAAUCCUGCAGCGCCCGCAAGGUCCCCCUGCUCAAGAAAGCACAUAUACAGGCCCGUCUGAAGUUUGCCAAUGAACAUCUGAAUGAUUCAGAGGAGAACUGGGUGAAAGUGUUGUGGUCAGAUGAGACCAAAAUCGAGCUCUUUGGCAUCAACUCAACUCGCCGUGUUUGGAGGAGGAGGAAUGCUGCCUAUGACCCCAAGAACACCAUCCCCACCAUCAAACAUGGAGGUGGAAACAUUAUGCUUUGGGGGUGUUUUUCUGCUAAGGGGACAGGACAACUUCACUGCAUCAAAGGGAUGAUGGACGGGGCCAUGUACCGUCAAAUCUUGGGUGAGAACCUCCUUCCCUCAGCCAGGGCAUUGAAAAUGGGUCGUGGAUGGGUGUUCCAGCAUGACAAUGACUCAAAACACACGGCCAAGGCAACAAAGGAGUGGCUCAAGAAGAAGCACAUUAAGGUCCUGGAGUGGCCUAGCCAGUCUCCAGACCUUAAUCCCAUAGAAAAUCUGUGGAGGGAGCUGAAGGUUCGAGUUGCCAAACGUCAGCCUCGAAACCUUAAUGACUUGGAGAAGACCUGCAAAGAGGAGUGGGACAAAAUCCCUCCUGAGAUGUGUGCAAACCUGGUGGCCAACUAUAAGAAACGUCUGACCUCUGUGAUUGCCAACAAGGGUUUUGCCACCAAAUACUAAGUCAUGUUUUGCAGAGGGGUCAAAUACUUAUUUCCCUCAUUAAAAUGCAAAUCAAUUUAUAAAAAUUUUUACAUGCGUUUUUCUGGAUUUUUUUGUUGUUAUUCUGUCUCUCACUAUUCAAAUAAACCUACCAUUAAAAUUAUAGACUGAUCAUGUCUUUGUCAGUGGGCAAACGUACAAAAUCAGCAGGGGAUCAAAUACUUUUUUCCCUCACUGUAUAUCAUAAGAUAAAUGUUGUUAUAUGUUGCAUGGUUGUAGGUAGUUGUAUGUGUGUGGCAUGUCUGCAGACGUGUGUAUGUGUGAUAUGAUUUUCUGGUUUUGUAUACUUGUCCAGAUUCAGAGGAGAAGAAAGUGCACCUGAUCACCACACUAGACAACACAGAGGAUGAUCUCCUCACAUUGGAGUACACUAAGGUACACGCACACACACACACAGUGAACACUUCAACAGUCAACACUGUCUUCUUGCAUUCUUCAUCCAAUGUAGAUGAACAGUAGAGCUGGUCUAAUAGCGCCAAUGUCUCUUUCAGGCUGAUAAGAAUGGGCCAGAAUUCAAGUCUGAGUACAAGAACACUGAACAAUCAGUUAAGGUAAUGUCUUGCAAUACAGUACAAUACAACUGUGUUAACCCACAGUUGGACCUUCAACAUGAUGUUGAUUUGAGCUCACUACUCUGCUUAGGUGUAUUAGUGUGUGUUCAUAGUGGAAGUGGUAUGUUUGUGUGUGAUGUCUCAGGUGAACUUCUCGUCUCUGGACAUACACCUGCACACGGAGGCCCUGCUCAAUGCCAUGAACUUCCUGAUUAGUCUCCUCCCCCCGACCAAGGAGGCGGCGCCCAGCCAGGAGGAGCUGCCCACCAUCCCCGAGGAGGACGAGGGAGAGGGGGAGGAAGGCGAGAAGAAGGAGGAAUCGGCCGUGGCAAAAAAAACAUGUAACUAUCCGUUUCAUGGAAUCAAUUCUGCUUACUGGAACUAAGACUUUUCCACUGUUGAUAUUGAUUUACAAUUUCAUGAUUCAAGGUAGUCGAAAGUGGAAGAGACAUUGGUUAGGUAAUAUACCUUCUGUAUAUUUGUUGCAUGUGGAGAUAUUUAGUAGACACGUAUUCUCCUAAUACGUAGUACAUUUCCAUGCCAUUGUAUGGACCACUUGACAUUUGAUGUAUUAUGAAGCACGAACAAAGUCAUCUUCACAGCAAAGGUUCUUUUAAGUUUUGACGACAGAACAACUCUUUCAUAAAUGUCUCUCUGCUCCCUUCUCCUUAGCUUCUAAGAAGUCAAAGUUUGAGGACGUGGUGAAUUUGCACAUCAGAGCCGAUCUCAACUGUCUGAAGGUUUUCAUCCGAGGCCAGAGCCACAGGAUAGCAGAGAUCAGCAUCGAGGGUAAGGGCCGCCUCACAGAAGACAAUUCCCCACCUGCAACACACGUCCACAACAGAAGUCAACAGCUGCAUGCAUGAGUUAUGAUGACAUUGCAUCAAAUAUCAACAUUUGGUGUGUUUGUGUGAUGUGUUGACAGGACACUCCCACACCCAUGAGCGCGCGCGCGCGCGCGCACACACACACACACACACACACACACACACACACACACACACACACACACACACACACACACGAUAAUGAUCCUAGUGCCACCUUGUGGUACACAUAAUGAAGCAGAUAGGCCACUGAUGAUCAUGUCCAAUUGGCUCUGGUACUGAAACACACCCGUCUAUGUUCUAGAAUUGUUCUACCCCUCCUCCUUCUGAUGUUCUACCUGUUCUCUCUACCUCUGUUCUACGUUCCAGGCCUGGUGUCGGAGGUGCUGAUGAGGAAAAAGGCGGUGGAGGUUCUGGCCAACCUGAAGAACAUAGUCAUCCUGGACUGUGAUAAGGAGGCUUUGUACAAGCAGGUAGCCUCCAAUACAGGGCGCUUACACACACCAAGACAGGGUCAUGUUCAUUAGGCAAUAAAUGGAGAAAAACAACACUAACAAACAGGGAGGGACUACCUGGACUUUUUCAUGUUCGGUUUGAAAUUGUUUAAAAUCAUUUUCCAUUGCGAGCCCUCAUGAAUAUCCAGCUGUCAUUGACUAGCCAUACCUGGGAAAUACAAAUCCAAUAUAUCCUUAGAUUUAUUGUGUUUUUAUUAUUACUUUUUUUGUUAUUUUCCCAGUCGAGGGGCAACAUUCCCGAGAAGUUACGAUUGUUGUUCCUUUUCGCUUUCUGCUGGUGUGCUUCUAAUGUGUAUUUCUGUAUGGAUUCUGCGUCCUAGUGUGUGUCCAUAGCCGAUAAGGAGGUGUUUGCUUUCCGCAUGGUGAACCACACGGAAGCCACGGAGGGCGACGCUUAUCUAGACAUGCGUAAAGUGGACACCAGCAUCACCCUGACGGUGGGCUGCAUCCAGGUCAUCUUCCUCAACAAGUUUGUCUCCUCCAUCCUGGUAAGAGACACGCUGCCAUCUUUCUUAACUCCACCUAUCUAUCUUUCACCUAUACUCUCCUGUGUUUCAAAAAAUGACGUUUUCCAGGGUAUCGAGAACCAGUGCCUUUACUAAUAACGGUACCAAAAAUGCCCCAGAACCUACUGAUCAGGAUUGUCUUAAGUGCUAUGACGAUCCAUGAGCACUUUGUAAUAUGACCAGACCACUCUCCUCCUCUUCCCCCUCCUCCCCCCCAGGCCUUCAUCAACAACUUCCAGGUGGCCAAGGAGGCCCUGGCUGAGGUGACUGUGCAGGCAGCGGAGAAGGCGGCCACAGGGGUGAUGGAGUUGGCUGAGCGCAGCACGCGCAUCUCUCUGGACGUGGACUUCAACGCUCCUGUUGUCUUCCUGCCGCAGUCCUCCUCCUCCACCAACGUCAUUGUGGCCGACCUUGGUAUGGUCACGGUCAAGAACCGCUUCGCCAUGGUCCCCUCCCAGAUGCAUGUCAAGAUCCCUCCCAUCAUCGACACCAUGACUGUGGGCCUCAGCGAACUCAAGAUGUACAGGUGAGAGACAGUACAGCGUCGCUAGUAAGAUACACUGGUAGUCGGGCCAUUCUGUAGAUGUACAAGGAUGGGAAUUAAACGUCAUAGAUGCAGUUGUUUAAAAUGAAAGGACUACUUCAUUUGUGCACAGGGAUGGGACAAUUGACAUGUCUCUGUGUAUUUCAGUUACUUUUGCAUAUUUGGUCCGUCCCCGGAUGUGCAGCAAAUCAGAACCUGUAAAGCUGUGUUUGUUUGUGUUUGAUUGUCCAGAACCACCUUUGAGGAGGGGAGGUUUCAGGGGGAGAUCCAGCUUCUGAAGCCGGUCAACCUGGACCUGUCCAUCCAAAGGAACCUGUCAGCCUCCUGGUACCACAGCAUCCCCGACAUAGAGAUCACUGCUCACCUCAAACCAAUGAACGUGAGUGUUUGUUUCGGAGUGUUUGUGUCGGAGUAUCUGUGUUAGUUAAAGCCAACUCUCAAUUAACCAAUGUUAGUCUGUGAAAUUAAAUGUUAGAAUGAAAUGUUGGUUGUUGAUGCAUCAGUGUAACGGUGUGUGUGUCUUACCAGCUGAUCCUGAGUCAGGAUGAUAUGACGGUGGUGUUGCGGACUCUGAGUGAGAACCUGUCAGAGACGUCAGACGCUGCUUCCCCCCCUCCUCCUCCACGUGUAGUGGACCGCUCCGACACGGCCUCUACCAAAGGCUCACAGGCGUCAGGAGGUACUGGUACUAACCCCACUAGCGGUGAGGACAGCAGUGUGUGUCAGUCUGGGUUGAAUGUGUGUGUGUUGUGGUCGUGCGCGUGUUGUUGUGAUUGUGAUAUUAUUAUAAUUGUGUUGAACCCUGUCUGUAGGCAACACGGUGGUAACUGCUGCAGUGGUGGAGACCCAGAAGAGCACUAAGCUGAAGAGCACACUCAAACUUGACUUCAAGUUUGACUCCAUGACCCUGGUCCUGUACAGCCCCAAUUGGACUGAGGUGACUUCUGCACUACUACAGGCCUUCACAAACACUGUCAUUAACCACAUAAAACGCCAUUCACUUGGAUAUUCUUACGCCCACAGACAGAGACUUUUUGGUGUGUGUGUGUGUCCAGGUGCAGGUGUUGGACUCGAGGGAUGAGCAGCUGAAGCUGGCUGAGUUCACCUUGGGGACCAUCUCUACAUCUGUCCACAUGUUCUCAGACGGAUCUAUGAAGGCCUCCGUCAAACUCACAGACUGCCUGCUAGACGACAAGAGAUGCAGAGUCAAGAAGAUCACUGCCAGGUAGAACACACACUCAGUUACCUCGGUACUGAGCCUACUUACACAUUCACAAAAACUGGGAGAGAUACCAGAGUUGUUUGUGUGUGUACUGUGAACAUAUGAGCGUGUGCCUCGGUGCUGGCGUUGAUGUACGAGGCUCAGUAUGUGUUCUUCAGCGUGGCAUCAUGUUCAUCACGUCUUCACCAUCUGCCUACUCACAUAGGACUGUCACACAGCUAAGAUGAAUGGCUUUGGUUAGCAGCCCCAUUAUAGUCAAAGCAACUAAGUUCAUCUCUCACUCCCAGUUCAUCAAAACCCAUGAGUAUUGCCAUCUGGGUAAGGAUAAAGUAUAUGUCAAUUGUUUUGAGAGAAUGGAAUCUUUAAUCUGUAGAGUAGAACAGAAAGUUAGUCUCACUCUUCAAUGUAACAUCAUUUGACAAACAGAUUACAAGGUAUUUAGUGCACUUAUGUUAGGGUUUGUUGUUAGUGCCCUUGCUGUAGGGUUCAUGUCCACCUGCCCCUCUGGCUCCUGUCUGUCAGGAUGAUGGCGAUGCGUCCGGGUGCUGAGAGGAACGUGAUGGUGGAGGUCAACUACAAGCAGGGGCGCGACGGCACCUCUUUGGACACGGUGGUGCAGGAUGUGUACCUCUGUGCCAGCAUGGAGUUCCUGCUCACUGUGGCCGACAUCUUCCUCAAAGCCAGCCAGCAGGGCUUCUCCUCUGCCGCCCCCAAGAACAGCAGUAGCACUAAACCCACUGCUGCCGCAGCCUCCAAGGAGCCUGGUAUGACACAUUCACAAUAUUCACCACAUAUGUCAUGUUCUUACAAUGUGAAAUGUUGGAUUGGAGGAGUUCAGGUAGUUUCUGACGCUUUUCUACCAUUUGAUACCUAAUGAACACGCCCCUGCUUUCCUCUGUGUCUGUAACACAGCUCCAGUGGGGGGGGUGGCCAAGUCAGAGAUUAAUGUUCUGGUGAAGAACCCCCAGAUUGUGUUUGUGGCCGACCUGACACGUGCCGACGCCCCGGCCCUUGUCAUGACCACGGAGUGCGAGCUGGUGAUGAAGAGCGAUCCGGACGGUCAGCUGAUGACAGCGGUGGUCAAGGACCUGAAGGUGGUGGCCUGCCCCUUCCUGAAGGAGAAAAGGAACAAAGAGACCACUGUGCUGCAUCCCUGCCAGGUGUUCUUCAAGAGCACACAGUCCUCCACCUCCCCGCAGGCUAUGGAGGUCUGCAUCAACGCACUCACGCUCAAGGUAGGCCACGGCCAAAAACAAAACUGACAGGAAGCAGCGUCUCACUAAUGAAAUACCUGUUAGGAGCAUAUCAGUUUGGUCGUAGACCUUAUUGUCACUUUUUCCUAUGUUCCUAUUUCUAGCCCAGCUACCAAAACCAGAGUGAUGUGCCUGACGUUCAAUUCUUCUCUGUGCCCCCCCCCCCCCCAGGUGUCGCCCAUCAUUAUCAACACAGUGAUUACCAUUCAGUCUGUGCUGAGCCCGGCCGGGGCCGAGACACCCCAGUCUGAGCUGGAGAGCCCCGUGCCCCCAGAUCUGUGGGAGCGCCGGUCCUGGCGGGACCUCAAGCUGUGGUUCCUGGAGGAGGAGGGUAAAGAUGAGGAUGCCCAGUCCCUGGUCCCGUUGAUUCCCCAGGGCGAGUCCCUGCAGGUGGCCAUCAACUCCAUCUGCCUGACCCUGGAGGCUGGGGUGGGCCACCGCACCAUCCCCAUGCUGCUGGCCAAGUCUUCCUUGCACGGUGACGUCAAGAACUGGAGCACCCUCAUCAACCUGCACAGCCAGCUCAACCUGGAGGUCAGACACUGCACAUCUCUAUACAAUAUCUGCACAACCACUACACAUCCCUUUACACAACCCUCUACACAACAUCUACAUGACCUUUACAGAACCCUUUACACAACAUCUACAUGACCUUUACACAACCUUUACACAACAUCUACACAGCCUUUACACAACAACUACAAAACCUCAAUUCAACCAAAACAUGGGUUUAGUCAGACUGCAUUUAGUGUACGGUAACAUAGUGUUGUGUGUUUAGGUUCACUACUUCAACGAGGUGAUGGGGGUGUGGGAGCCUUUGCUGGAGCCCCUAGAAGACGAGACCCGAGACGGCUUCAGACCCUGGACCCUGGGAUUAAAGGUGACCCUUAUAAAAUAUCUUAUACACACACUGUCCCAUGUUCCACAGACAUCCCUCAUACAUAUAGUGUAAAUACACUAACCACCACACACACGUAACGGCUAUGCGUUCCCCUGAACUACAGAUGAAGAAGAAGCCAGUGAAGUACACAGGUAUAUCAGAAGAAGUGGACUACAGCAUCCCUGACUACAAGACCGUCAUCAGCAUCAGCAGCAAGGACCAGCUUAACAUCACCCUCUCCAAGUGUGGACUGGGCAUGCUCAGUAACCUGGGCACGGUAAGUCAAUGACGUCACACACCAGCACUCUUGUACAUGCUGUUCUAUUGUCUAGCUGAAAAGAUGGCUACCUUUUUAUUUAAGUGGGUUGUUUUGAAUAAUGUGAAGGAAUAGCUUGCCUUGUUGUAUUGAAAAGCGCUCUAUAAAAGGCCUUUUUGGGGGGGGAACGUGUGUGUGUGUUUUUGUGUCUGUGUUUGUGUGUGUGACAGGCCUUUGCAGAGGCGGCCAAGCAGGCAUCGGAUAGUUUCCAGAAGGACGAGGCUCCGUUCGUGGUGAAGAACCGUCUGGGUCUGACGGUGUCGGUGGUGCACAGUGAGCUGUUCUGCCCCCUGGGUCGCGAGGCCACAGAGCGCCGGGUAGAGCUGCAGAAUGGAGAGAGCCUCAACAUGGACUACCUCCGCACCACCACCCACUCAGACCAGUUCUCUGCCAUGACCUCACUGGUCGCCAAGGACUACUACAUACAACCCAGUAAGCAACACAGUUCCAACCGUUACACCAGUGCAGACCAGCGUCUGUAUUCAUUGGACUGCUGAUCUAGUUUUGCUUUUCAUAUCCUAAUGAAUAAGAUGAUAUGGACAGGAUGGAUCUGAACCUCGAUCAGCACUCCUGCUCGGAGACGCUUCAUACAUACGACGUCAGAUAUCAAACCCUAGGUCCAAGACCGUGUUAGGGUUCUGACCUAAUACCCAGGCGUUAGUUUGGGGAGCUAACAGAAGUCAGUAGUCGUGGCUCGGGUUACUUUAGUCAUUGAUCGCUCAGUUUUCUAUGUUCUUGUCCUCAGCUCCGGUCGGCCACACUUCAACAGGCGUGAUUCCGUUGAUCAAAGUGGGGCGUGGCAUGUACAGUGUCAUGCACAAAGACUCUGGGGUCACCCGUUUCCUGGUCUGUCAGAUCUACUCUGUGGAGGGAAGCAAGUACAUCAAGAUCCGCUCUCCCUUCCAGGCAAGUUAGUCACCCACCCACCUCUACUCCAACUCACACCCAAGAAGGCUGACUGUUCUCAGACUGACUAAUACAGAUGUCACCCAAAUACUCAUUUACUCCCGUCAUUCAUCUCUAUCUCCAUUCUCUCUCCACCUUUACUUUCUCUUGUCUGUACUUAACUUGACCCCAGAAUGUGUUAAAUUAUCUGACCAGAGAAUGUAUUUUCUAUCUGAAGAAUUUCUCAUGUCUCCCCUACAGAUCAUAAACCACUUCUCCAUCCCGUUCAGAGUGAUGGAGGGCACCACAUGUCUGGGGAUCUCACUGCCUACAGAGGAGUUCUGUGUGCCUCUGGACUCUUACAGGUGACACGCACACAAACGGAGACGCGCACACACACACACACACACACACACACACACACACACACACCCACAGAUACAGACACUGACUGUGCUGAACCCCCCCCCCCGUAGGUCAGAGCUAAGACUGCAGCCGGUAACCGAGGGAGACGAUCAGUACGACUGCUCCGAGGGUUUCAGCUACGAGUUGGUGAGCCAGCAGCCCGGUGCACGUGUGCAGCAGACCUGCCAUUGCCAUGGCGACAGCACUGGCGUGCUCAUGGUCAACAUAGUCCCUCUGAAAGACACGGUGACAUCACAACACACGGGAGUGGCCGGGGAGCACUUUGACGAGCCCUACAUCCUGCACCUGUGGCCCUCCGUCCUGCUCCGGAACCUUCUGCCUUACCCCAUCACCUAUCGCCUACAGGUACACACACACACACACACACACACACACACGGAGAUCAGUGGCUAUUACACACAUUACUCCAUCCCUACGCACCAGCAUAGAAAUGGACCUACAGCUCAUCUAUUAUAUUUCCUCAGAACUUCCCCAUCACAUGACAUGCCUAUUAUUGAUCACUGAUUUGGUAUUGUGUGUUGAUUGGCUGACAGGACAGUGAAGAUCCCUCCCCCAUCACCCUGAUGGACGGCCACUCGGCCCAGCUGCACACAGCCAUCAUGGACCGGUCCAGCCUGGAACUCCGCCUCCUCGACUACCUGGGGCAGGAUUGGCAGGCCCACUACGGUCUUCGUGGCGACCUGGACGAGAUCACUUUCAUUGUGUUCAGCUCCCUACGCGAUGAAGAGGAGGCGGUCAGGUUAGGAGAGGGGGGAGAAGGGAAGAGAGCAGAGCUGGACAUUGCGGUGCAUGUGAAGUACGACGCGGGCCAGACUGAGGUGGCCAUCCAUUCUCCCUACUGGAUGGUGAACAAGACGGGCCGCCUGCUGCAAUACAAGGCCGACGACAUCCACCGCAAACACGCCAUGGACUACGACAUGCCCCUGCUCUUCUCCUUCAAGCCACACAACUUUCUGCAGAACAACAAGGUAGUGGGGUGGGGAUCAACUUUGGUCCAAGCUUAAACCAAGUAGCGGGGCUGCUAUUUUGUUUGGAGGGUUUUAAACAAGGAGUGGGCUUUUAAGUGAUAACUCCUAACCCCUACUGUUUGUCUCCCUGACAUCUGACCUUAUUCUCUCCCCGGGUCAGGUGCGGCUGAUGAUCUCGGACAGCGAGCUGUCGGAUGAUUUCUCCCUGGACACCGUGGGUAGUUAUGGUGAAGUAAAGUGUAAAGGGAGGCUCAAAGAUUACGUGGUGAGUGGUGGAUCAAACACUCCUGCAGAAUAAUACUGUCAGUUGAUGUUUACCUUUCAGAUUGGUCAUUGAGUGUCAUUUGCUGAACAUUGAAUAGUCAAUAGAUAGAUGGGUGGAUUGAUUCAGGUUGAUUGUGGCUUUCUAUGGUUUGAUUGAAGGUCGGUGUGAAGAUCGACGCCAGCAGUUUCAGCCUGACCCGUAUCGUAAGCUUUGUGCCGUACUACCUGUUAGUGAACAGGACCAAACAUGUGAUCUGGGUGGGAGAGGAGGGCCAGGACGACUGGACCGAGGCCAGACCACAACAGGUACCACAACUAGAGCUACUUACAACCCCCAGUGCAAUUCAGUCCAUUCAGGAAGUGCAAUGAAAAGUGCUGAUAGUAAAAAUGUGUUAGAAUCAUGGAUUGAAUAUCAGUUAAUUUACUGAUUUGACUGAAUUUUGAAAUAGGAAUAAUGGAGCCCUACCCUGCAUAGAGUAGCACAUGCAUGUAGUGAAACUGACACCUCUCUGUCUUUGUCUGUCUGUCUCUCUCCUUCUCCUCUCUCCUUUUCUGUGCUACUCAGGCAGCCAUCCCGUUUUGGCCCGAGAGGGACUCCAAGAAGCUCAAAGUCAAAGUAGAAGGCAGUCGGUCAACUCCUCAAACCAUGGACUUCACCAAACCGGAAAACUGCCUGCUGCUGCACCUGGACAACACUGUGAGUAGUUUACAGACAUACGUGAGUACCGCCUGAGUUUGCAAUACUACUGUAUAAGCUGAUGCUUUGUGGUGAUAAAUCAAUUUCUCACAUUGGGUUCAAUAAAGUACUAGUACUUCUGUUUUUCAUUUGGCUUUACUCUUGUAUAUUCCAGCUGGGCGGGGUCAUUGUGGAUGUGAACCUAUCAGACCACUCAAUUGUCAUCCGUUUUUCUGACUAUCACGACGGGGCCGCCCCCUUCCUCAUCAUCAACCACACCCAGGAGCAGACGGUGGAGUUCUACCAGAGGUAAAGGAGAGAUGGGAGGAGGGGAAGGAUGGGGAGGGAGAAAGGUAAUGGGGCAAUAAGCAGAAAAGUGUUUAAUUAUAUAGGUCACAUUUUACUAUUCUCAAAACAGGCGCAAUGCUAUAAAAUAAAACCUGUAUUCGUUGCGUCUUAAAUUUGUGAUGUCUCAAAUCUUUCCUUUUAGAAAUGUCCAUGAGAUGGUGGAUCUUUAUGGGGAUAUAAGGAAACAGUACAGAAUAAGUGUUACACGCUGUACUAUUCCAAAUUAGUUUUUGAAUGAAACCUGCAUGUUAUACACUGCUCAAAAAAAUAAAGGGAACACUUAAACAACACAAUGUAACUCCAAGUCAAUCACACUUCUGUGAAAUCAAAACUGUCCACUUAGGAAGCAACACUGAUUGACAAUACAUUUCACAUGCUGUUGUGCAAAUGGAAUAGACAACAGGUGGAAAUUAUAGGCAAUUAGCAAGACACCCCCAAUAAAGAAGUGGUUCUGCAGGUGGUGACCACAGACCACUUCUCAGUUCCUAUGCUUCCUGGCUGAUGUUUUGGUCACUUUUGAAUGCUGGCGGUGCUUUCACUCUAGUGGUAGCAUGAGACGGAGUCUACAACCCACACAAGUGGCUCAGGUAGUGCAGCUCAUCCAGGAUGGCACAUCAAUGCGAGCUGUGGCAAGAAGGUUUGCUGUGUCUGUCAGCGUAGUGUCCAGAGCAUGGAGGCGCUACCAGGAGACAGGCCAGUACAUCAGGAGACGUGGAGGAGGCCGUAGGAGGGCAACAACCCAGCAGCAGGACCGCUACCUCCGCCUUUGUGCAAGGAGGAGCAGGAGGAGCACUGCCAGAGCCCUGCAAAAUGACCUCCAGCAGGCCACAAAUGUGCAUGUGUCUGCUCAAACGGUCAGAAACAGACUCCAUGAGGGUGGUAUGAGGGCCCGACGUCCACAGGUGGGGGUUGUGCUUACAGCCCAACACCGUGCAGGACGUUUGGCAUUUGCCAGAGAACACCAAGAUUGGCAAAUUCGCCACUGGCGCCCUGUGCUCUUCACAGAUGAAAGCAGGUUCACACUGAGCACAUGUGACAGACGUGACAGAGUCUGGAGACGCCGUGGAGAACGUUCUGCUGCCUGCAACAUCCUCCAGCAUGACCGGUUUGGCGGUGGGUCAGUCAUGGUGUGGGGUGGCAUUUCUUUGGGGGGCCGCACAGCCCUCCAUGUGCUCGCCAGAGGUAGCCUGACUGCCAUUAGGUACCGAGAUGAGAUCCUCAGACCCCUUGUGAGACCAUAUGCUGGUGCCGUUGGCCCUGGGUUCCUCCUAAUGCAAGACAAUGCUAGACCUCAUGUGGCUGGAGUGUGUCAGCAGUUCCUGCAAGUGGAAGGCAUUGAUGCUAUGGACUGGCCCGCCCGUUCCCCAGACCUGAAUCCAAUUGAGCACAUCUGGGACAUCAUGUCUCGCUCCAUCCACCAACGCCACGUUGCACCACAGACUGUCCAGGAGUUGGCGGAUGCUGUUUUCCAGGUCUGGGAGGAGAUCCCUCAUGAGACCAUCCGCCACCUCAUCAGGAGCAUGCCCAGGCGUUGUAGGGAGGUCAUACAGGCACAUGGAGGCCACACACACUACUGAGCCUCAUUUUGACUUGUUUUAAGGACAUUACAUCAAAGUUGGAUCAGCCUGUAGUGUGGUUUUCCACUUUAAUUUUGAGGGUGACUCCAAAUCCAGACCUCCAUGGGUUGAUAAAUUUGAUUUCCAUUGAUAAUUCUUGUGUGAUUUUGUUGUCAGCACAUUCAACUAUGUAAAGAAAAAAGUAUUUAAUAAGAUUAUUUCAUUCUAGGAUGUGUUGUUUAAGUGUUCCCUUAAUUUUUUUGAGCAGUGUAUAUUCAUUUUUUUGCAAACUUCCCAGGAUGUGCUGCAUGUAUUUGUUUUGAUACAGGGUAUUCGUAUUCUUGGCUUUUGUGUUGAUGUAGGUUUGUCUGUGUUUACCCAGUUUGCAUGGAUUAAUUUCCUUUUGUUUGUGACUUGUUGUGAUGGACACUUCUUUUUUUCGAUUUGUUUUUCAGUCAGAAUUUUUUGUUAGUGACAUGUUUUUUGUCUGACAGUUUGUGUUGGUUUGUUUUGAUUUUUGUUUGGUUUAAUAUUUUCCCCCACACCUCUUGGCCGGGCAGAUUUCGGAGAGAUUCAUCAGAAUGGGUGGCAGACGAGCUGCUCGACCUCUCCUUCUCAGUAGAGGAGACCCAGCGCAGGUAGCAGGACCUGGCCCCACGAGGGCUCUUGCUCUCACCCACUCUGACCCUGACACAGAAAGGGUGGACAUAUUGGGGAACUUCAAAUGCCUUCCCUAGCAUACAAUCACAAUGACUAAUGCAAAAGGCAUGGUCCGUAGAUCUCUAUUUAAACAUGCACACAUUCAGUGGUGUUUGUGGUCUCUGUGUUCCCGUUUCAUAGUUCAGUUGUGGUCAGAGUGUGGUCAGAGCUGGACCCCCAGGUAACAAAGGUGUAGGGGAAGAGCUUUUUUUUCAUUUUGGUGUUGGAGACUGAUCUGCUCCUUACAUGCCAUUCCACAAGGAAAUGGAUAAUGUGCGUUUUAUAAAAGCAGAAAAAUAUUGCAUUACAUUAAUAUCACUGUAUACUUCAACAACCACGAGUCAUCUGAUUGAUAUUGACCAAACUACAGAAAGUGGCGUGAUCAAGGAGGAUCUCCGGCUUCAGUGUCAUGACCGUUUGCCCUUUGACCUCCCCCUUAAUUCCAGGUUGAUUUGCUUUAUAGUGGGAGUUAGUUUUGGCUGCUGCUGUUUGGAUGGGACUCUGCCAAUGGGAUCUGACCUCUGCUUCAAUAUGCCUUCCAUUUUCCCCAUGCCUCCAUUUCCAUCGCACCCCAUUCCCCCCCACCCCAACAGUCCUGCCAAUCAUUCUUCGUCUUCCUUUUUCCCUGUGUCUUCUGAAAUAAUGAUGAUUUUAAUAAUUCUUUAUUUCUCUUUGAUCAGGGGGGGGUUGAUUUUAUUUUGUUGGAGGAAGAACGACAACAUGAUCUCAUGGGAUAGUAGCCUCGACAUCUCCAUUAAUGGGUCAGAUUUCUUCUCUCCAUUGUGUUGAUUUGCAAAUAGGCUCUUGGGUAUCUGCGUUUCUUUCCAUGGUGCCUGGGCUGUGUAACGGGGCUACGUUGUCAUGACCAUGGCUUUCUUUCUGACCGUCAUCUAUCUUGCUCUUGGUGGGGUUCUCGGGGUCUUGUGUGUGCGCUUUCUAACUCUGUGUGUGUGUGUGUGUGUGUGUGUGUGUGUGUGAGUAGUAGUCAGAAGGAGAAGGACAAGCUAAAUCCCGGGAUGGCAAUGUACUACACCUGGGCUGAGCCCACUGGGUCACGCUGCCUGGCCUGGCAGUGUGGCAGCUACAGCGGCGAGCUGAAGAGCGAAGAGGUACUGUACCACAGCUUUCUAUUUACUCCCACUCACCAUUUCCACCACCGCUAGAGCAAUGUUACAUUCUCAAACAUUUUGAUUGAUACUAUGGAUAAGUCUUUUUUAUACCAGUGUUUCUUAUUAGUUUGAUGCACACUUGUAUCGAGUACUUUAGACCAAUAUGACACACAGGUGUCAGGCUCAACCAUAGUAUCUCCUCAGGCUAAUAUGUAGGCUUAUAUUUAGACGUAGUUUACAUCAGACUAAUAUGAAACACUGGUGUCAGACUUAACCAUAGAUUAGGAUCUUCUGCUUAGUGUUUUAACAGAGCUGCUUAAUAUGGCUUAGUCCAUCAUUAAACACACACAAAGCUUUAAUAAGAUCAUUAUUAAGGCUCCGAUCCUCCAAAGUCCGCCAGUGUAUUUUCUUCCCCUUUAUACUGGCUUGAUGACCUGAGCAGUUAAAAUAUUAGAAGACUGGGUGCUUUGGCAUGUUAGCCACAGUGGUGAGACAAAACACAAACAGUAGGAUAACCAGAGAUGUAUAUAUUGUUGAAAUCAAAUAAACUGUGAAAUGAUAGCAACUGUUGUUGCCUGGACUCAUUAGUUACCAAAAAUCUAAAUUAAAAGCUGAUAUGGUAUAUCAUUUUGGUGUUGCAAAAGAGCAACUUAAAAGUGAAACGCUCCUUACUUCGCAUCUCAUGUGCACUUGAUCCGUGUGUUUAGGACCUGCGGUUGGACGUGAACGAGGAGGGUAAGCUGUACCUCAUCUCGUUCUACGAGGGCCUCCAGCGGGUGGCGCUGUUCACUGAGGACAGACGCAUAUACAAGCUGCUGUGUGAGAGUGAGAAGGCCGAGCUGGCCGAACAGGAGAUCAUCCUCUCCCUGCAAGACGUGGGCGUCUCCCUGGUCAACAACAGCAGCCGCCAGGAGGUGUCCUUCAUCGGCAUUACCAGGUAUACACACACAUACCAACACAGUAUAUACAGUCACUCAAAAUGGUAUGAUUGUGCUACAGUUGACUGUACUUUGAGUGGGAACAUGCUUUUCAAAUUCAGUGCAGCAUGUUCAGUGUGCUUUCCUCCUGUGUGUGUAGUUCAGAUGUGGUGUGGGAGUCCAAGCCAAAGAAGAAGUCUCGCUGGAAACCCCUGAGUGGGAAAGAUGCCGAGCUGCUGGAGACCCACUUCAAAGAGUACACAGAGAGUGGACCAGUGGACAACGCCAUCUUAGACCUGGAGAACAACUUCCAGGUCAGACAGCAACUGGAUAUGCCUCUGUAUGGUACCAUGUAUACCAUACCACCCUCUUGAUUACCAACCCCUUGAAAGCUGUACAAAUUGUAGAGGUAGAUGUUGUUCCCAGUUUUGCACAGCUCCAGUACAACCAUUGUGUGUGUGUGCGCGUGUGUGCUAAGUCUAACUGUGUUAUCAGGUGUCUCUGACGCCAAAUGGGCAAGACAUGAGGAUGAUACAGCCAUAUGACGCCCCAAUCAGGAGGAGCUUCCUGCCAGGGGUGAAGGUGGAGUACAGCGUAUCGGCCCGCCAGAGUGCCUACCGUGUCCAGAUCAACCGCAUACAGGUGGGUCCCAGAGAGUUGGAAAGUGUGCAUUCUAUCCAACUCUAUGGUGGGUCCCCACCCGACCACCAACCAUACGACAGAUUUUUACAUUGACUGUUUAGUCAUUUUGCCAACCAUUCAAUUAAAAUGAUUUCAUGCUGACCUAUUGGAGACAUGGUUGGAAUGAAUUAUUUGAGUCCUUUGUUUUUCCACAGAUCCAGAAUCAGCUACCUGGAGCAAUCUUCCCAUAUGUCUUCUACCCUAUAAAACUACCCAAGUCUGUUACCAUGGACUCAGGUCAGUCCCAAGCUCUGUCCAAGCCUCUCUGUGUUGUGCAUUUACACUUGGGGUUUGAAAUUAUUGACACCCUUGAUAAAGAUGAGCAAAAAUAAAAUAAUAAUAAUUCAAAUACUUAACUAUAUUGUAUGAGCCCAAACACUACUACAAUUGCUCAGUUGACCUUAACAAAGGCCCCAGGACCAGUAGAAGCAAAACAGCCCCAUAACAUCAAAGAUCCACCCCCAUAUCUUACCGUAGGUAUUGGGUUCUUAACUGCUUAUGCAUCCACUGGUGUGCAUGGCUAAAGAGUGCUAUUUUCAUGUCAUCCAUCAAAUUUAAAUGUCUGGAGUUUGCUAAACGGCAUUGGCACUUGGAUUGAAACCGGAGCUAUGGUCAGAUUACAUGAAAAUAGAGCUCUUUGGCCGUUCACACCAGUAGGGAGUUUAGCGUCUAUAAGAAUGCAUAAAAAUUAAAUAACCCCAUAACUACUGUAAAAUAUGGUGGUGGAUCUUUGAUGUUAUGGGGCUAUUUUGCUUCCACUGGUCCUGGGGCACAUGUUAAGGUCAACGGCAUUAUGAACUUUACCCAGUACCAGGACAUUUUAGCCAAAAACCUGGUGUCCUCUGCCAGGAAGCUGAAACUUGGCCGCAAGUGGAUCUUCCAGCAAGACGAUAACCCCAAACACAAAAUCCACAAAGAAAUGGUUAAUUGACCACAAAGUCAACAUUUUGCAACAGCCAGCUCAGUCUCCGGACUUGAAUCCCAUUGAGAAACUGUGGUUUGAAUUAAAGAGGGCAGUCCAGAAGCGCAGAUGAAGGAUAUCAAGGAUCUGGAAAGAUUCUGUAAAACAUUUUAGGCUCAGUGCCAUUAACCUCGCAAGGUGAGGUAUUGAAAACAGGCUGUCAAUCAUUUCGACCCCUAUCUUUUUAGUAUUUUUUUUUUUUGUAUUACUUGUUAAACAAAAUCUAUUUCUCUGAGCAAUUGUAUUAGUAUAAAAUAAUAUACUUUUUUUUUUGGAGCAUACAAUACAUGCUCAGCAUUUGAAUUAUUUUAGUCAUUUUUGCUCAUCUUUAUCAAGGGUGUCAAUAAUUUCAGACCCCACUGUAUAUAGCUACAUAGGCAAAAGGGGCAAUUUGGGACGCACCCAGAGGCAUUGUUAGACUGGAGUACUCUGGAUUAACAUAUCGUGACGGGUAUUCUGCUCCUCUCUCUCCUGUAGAGCCCAAACCUCUGACCGACAUCAGCGUUGUUACCAGGGCAGCCGGGCACUCUGAUAUCUCACGCAUC